AUGAGGCAUGUCCCUAAGAAAUUAACGGACUGUCCGGAAAAUCUCCGUGAGUCCAUCGACUGGUUGAUCCAGGUUAGGUAUGGGAAUGGUGAAGGUAAGGGUCUUGAUGAGUUGGCCAAAGCUCUGAAAAAGUUGAUUGAGGAGGCUAUUGAGAACGCUACUAAAAGCUUUGAAAAGCGUGAAAAUGAACUUCAUUGCAAUUAUCUUCCUAAUAAUAACAAGUGUUGUGAGGAGCUUAAACAGAAAAUUGAGGGAGCUAAAUCCGACAACUCCAAGCUUCUUAAAGCUGAAUCCGACUUACAAAAGCACAUUGAUGCAGAUCAUUCUCUUACUGAUGACGCCAGGAAAAAGCAGUUGAAGGAUAUUGAUAAUAGCCGUAUUCAACUUGGUCACCUUGCUGGCCAGCUUGGAGGAUUUGUUGGUCAAAGUGAGAGUGUUAAGAAAGCCGUUAUGUAUGCUAUUAUCGCUAAAAUUAACAGUCAUGAAGAGCUUAAAAAUGUUUACUCUUCUCUUGUUACUACCCUUUCUGAGUCUGUCAAGUCUGGUGUCCAGGCUGGUGACACCAAGAAAAUUAGUGAGCUUAAUAAGUUAGUUACUGCAGAAAUUCAGCGUCUUAAUGAUCAACUUAGUAAGCCUAAUAACCUUAAUAAUAACUCUCCUUCUUCCCCCUCUCCCUCUGCUGACCCAGCCAAAUUGCAGUCCAAGUUGGAGGCAUUGGAGAAAGUGAAGGAGCUUUGUGAAUUUUAUGAGAAUCUUAAUACUAAACAAAAUGAUCCUAAAAAGCUCUUAGAUAAUUUAUGUUCCGGCCUCGAAAAAUUCCUCGGCUUCAACUCUGACUCCAAAGGCUACGACGGCAGUGGGAUUGUGUACUCCGACUUGGACAGGCUGUGUGACGGGGUGAUGGGAUUUUUGAGUGGUGUGCUUGGUGCGGUGAAAAACACUCAGACAUACAAUGUCGGUAAAAAUACAUUACAAAACUUGGUAAGUAAUGAAAUUAACAAUCAUCUUUGCUCAGGGCACGAGGGCUUUAAAAGGCUUUUCGAAAAGUUGCCCAAGGAAAUCGAGAAGUAUAACAGGGACGUGAAAAAACAGAAUGAUGAUAUCACAGCCAAGAUAAACAAUUUAGAGAUGCAGUUAAAUACCAUGAAUGAUAAGGUAAGUAAAGUUUUAGAAAAUGAUGCUGUUUCAGGUACAACCAAGAAAUCCGUGCAGGCUGUGACGUACAGUGAGGAGCACGUGGAAUACGCUGUGAUAAAUAUUAGGCAGUAUCUUCGUGACUGUCAAUAUAAUGCCGAUAGAUUCAACGAAGCAUUCGACCUAGAACAAAGAUUAGACAUGCAAACUGCUGUUAAUGAUCUUAACUCUAAGUUACGUAAUGAUGUACUUGUAGCCACGAAGGCAGUCAAACAUGAAACACAGCGACUUGAGCAGUUGGCGCAGAAGGAGUGGGAUGACUAUAAAUACAUGAAGAGAACGGUGAGAGCAACGAUGGAGAGUCUGAAAUUAUCAGUUAACGGUGAGGUAAAAUACCAGGUAGAUGAACUAGUUAAGAAAUUGAAAGAGAAGGUUACGGAAAUGAAAAAUAACCUUGAACCAAUUAGAGACAAUCUCGGGGAAUACAUCGGACAUUUGACUGCGUGGAAGUCAGCAGGCGACACAGCCGUUACGAAGGCGAAGUCGCAGUGUGAUGAGAUUGUUUCGAAGUUGAACGGGAGGGAUUAUCAACAAAAUUCCGGGGAUAAAGGAGCGGUGAAAAAAGCGGCAAAAGCAUUGCAAGAGAAGGCGGAAGAGCUUAGGACCAAAGCGUACGAUGCUAAGCAGCAGGUUGAGCAGAAAGUACAAGAAGCCUUGAAAGCUGUGCACCAAAUGAAUGAUGACCUGAAGCAGGAUUUGUCGAAGGUGAGGGAGGCGAUUACCGGUGAGGUUGAUAAAGUUAAGCAAGCAAUUGGGAAGCUGUAUGCAGGUAUUACGACUGGAGAAUCAGGAGAAGGAAAUGAAAAUCAAGAAAUUAAAAACAUAGUCGAAUAUUUCAGAACAAAACUUAAAGAAAUUACGGGAAGUGUGGGUGGAAGAGAGAACCCUAAAACAGGUCUCAUGGGAAUUAUCUUCCAAGUAAGAGAAUAUGCAAAAACGUUUCAGAAUAGAUUUAAAGCAUCCAUUCAGAGCAUGGUUCAACAGUUGGUGGAAUGUGAGGGUAUACAGGAGAGACUCAUAAAAUCAGUUAAAGCAAAACUUGGCAGAGGUAACAUGAUAAGAGUUGAUGAAGAAGUGAAACGCAUAAUCCAGCAGCGGAUUAUAAGUCCAAUCGAAGCCAUUAAUGCUUCUUCAUCAAACCUGGGAACGAAACCAAAUGUUGAAGCAAAUUUGUCUGAUAUUAAAGAAUAUUUAUGCAAUUACGGCAAGCAGAUUGAUGAGCAUUUACAAAGAGCGAACGCAUUUUUACAAUCCUACGCCAAACAGUUUGAACACAGCCAAAAUAGACCGGAGAUUACAGGCGACUAUUUUAUUAGUAGGGUCGUCAAAACCAUUCUUACCGCGCUACAGAAAGCGGUUAAGGGUGCGGAGAAUGAAUUCGAUCAAUUCAUAAUAGACUCCAAGAUUGCUCAGUUGAGUAUAGCUACAAGUGCAGCCGAGACGCUGGAAGACAACGUAAAAAAAGCUCUUGGCAUUGGCUCCGGUAAUAAUACAGUUGCCGUCGACGUCGAUAAAUCUAUAAAUAAUGUCAACGCUGUGGCUAGGCAGCAGUUGCCGGGUAAUAGUGUUUCAUCGGUUGACUUAAGUCAGGCCACAUCUAGUUUUACGCGUUACACAAAGCACGUUGAUCAGAGUAAACUGACUGCUCUUCAGACCACUAACCUUAAUGCCAUUCUUGACGCAAACAAACUCCCACACGCCAUCAAAGGGAUUAACGAUCAGGUGGUUGCUGAGACGUUGAAAGAUGUCGUAGAAGAAAAGAACGGAGGUGAUACACAAAUCCACAACAAAACCUUCUCCACUCUGCGCACCGCCGUCGACUCCAGCCUGGACAAAUUCACCGAAGCCGUUGAAAAGCUUGUUAAAAAGGACAGCGUCAAUACUACAGUGAAUGCCUACCUGUUGGAUUUGGAGAAGAUGCUUAAGGAAAGUGAUCCUGUCAAGGUUUCGGCUGAUGGAAUGACUGCCCACUCCUCCGUCAAAGGCCUCGAGAAAAUAAUAGGAAAUUUCACCACUCUUAAGAACAACCUGGAGAGCGGUCCCAUUGCAUUGGCCGACUAUUUCAUCGAAUCCUACGCUGACGCAGAAAAAGAUCAAACCAUACGAAACCUCAUAGAUUAUGUCUACUCCCAAGUCAACAUCGCUAAAGAUCUCCUCACCACCGCCGCCCGCCGCAACUACGUCACCUCCGUGAAAUCGCUCCUCACCGCGUUCGCGGACAAGGUCGAAAAGGAGUUGGCGGGGUUGCCGGGGGAGAUUGAUGCGGAUCUGACGAUCGGGUUCAAGGGGUUGAUGGGAAACUUUUACGAGAAGUUUAUUGAUAAAAUUAAGCCAAUCAAAGAAAUUAAUAUUAAGUCUACUCCCCAAUCAAUGCCACUGAGCACCGCAGCUGAAAAGGUACAGAGCGGUUUCGAGGAGUUCGUGGGCGCAGUUAUGAAACAGACCGAUAUGUUUGGGAAUGUGCUUGCCAAAAUUGAGACAUCAAAUCAUAAUGAUGACCAGAUUCAAGACACUUUCCCCCCUCUACUACAGACAGUUAUCUCAGUGUCACGGGCUUUGGAGGACACUUUUUCAUACCUUACGGGUUCACAUCAUUUUGACUAUGAGGUUAUUAAACAUCUGCAGAGACUACAAACGGCAUUGAAUGACUUCACUCCUACGAAAUUCGGUGACACUUCCAGUCCAAUCCUACAAGCAUUAAAGGAGGGAUUCUUCGGCAUAGUUACGGAGCUUCAGAAAGUGUAUAUUAACACGUACUCUGGUCAGACGAUUAAGUGGGAGGAGGGCAAUCCUGAAACUACAUUCUGCGCCAAAGCCUUCCUCAGUGCACUCGAAUUUCUAAAUGAGGACCUCAGCUAUUUGAGAGAGCAAUGUACUGAGAAGUGGUCGCCUAAACAGAUCUAUGCCUCAAGCAGUCUCGGCACAUUCCUCCAUAAAUGCGGCUACGGCGUUGCUACUCUCGAAUCCAAGCAGGACGGUGAGCUACGUAAUAAGCCUGACUGCAUGGGUUCAGAUGUACGCGGGUUCCUUGUCGGCGAGGGAUACACUGAAGUUUAUAACUCCAAAUCCAAUAUCAAACACGCAUUACAAUACAUUUACGACUACCUUCCCGAUUAUUACGAUGUUUGCCACCUGUCCACUUCAUCCUCCAAAAGACCAUGUUCCGUCUACGAAAUGCUAUGCUGGCUUACCGGGCUUCCGCACAAUAAGGCAUAUAAUGAGUUGUUACUACACGGUCUAAGUGAUAUGUUUGUAGACCCAAAGCGGCAGGAAAAAGAGGUCGACGGUGACAUUGAGUUCACAGUGGAUCGGACGGAACACGUGCACAUCGACGCGUAUCCAAACCGACUUACUUACGAGAACACCUGCAAUCUCGUCGAUCAUAUCUGUGCUAAAUCGCACGACGUAUUGUGUCGAAUCCUUGGCACCGGUGACGAGAACACCAUGUACGCUGUCGAUUACUCCACCAACUCACUCAAGUUGUACUACCCCUCUUCGGGUGAGGAAUGCCUUGACAUGUUCCUCAACAUUUUGCGUAGAUUGUUCCCACCACUCAAAUACUUGCAAACGCAAUGUGGCAUUGCCGCAAACGAAUUCGGCUGGGCUGGUUGCCGUUAUGGCAAGGAUGUCCAUACAACCAAAUGGCCAUGUAGCGGACACUCAAGCAGUGAAGCAACGUGCCAUGCAAAUUGUCAAACAACGUGCCAACCUACGUGCCAACCAAAAUCGCCACUAAUGAGCUACCUAAACGAUUGCCUUCCGGGUCAUUUACCUCACGCCCUGACUGGCAUUGGUUGCAAAGCCAAAUGUUCAACCUGCCCGAAAUCCACGCCCGGGAUGCCGUGUAUCACGCCACUUGGAUUCAGGUGUUUCUCUGGGACCACACGUGAAGGUAGAGAUAUAUGUAACGUGUUGACCAAGUUCUUCGGCAAUGGCGAUCUUAGCACCCUAUUCAGCCUACAACCCAAAACGCCGUCUACGCUGCCGGAGCAUUUCGGAUUCACGUUGUCGCUUGUUGCUGGCUGGGUUGGUAGCGACAACCAGAAGCGCAAGACAGGUGUGGAAAAACCUUUUGAAGAUGCCAUUAGUAGCGUGUCCAUUGGCCUGUACGACGAGCGCACAAAGCUCACGGAUGCACUGCGUGAUGCCUAUGGAAACAAUCAGAAUACGCACGAUGCUGCGAAAUAUCAUAAUCAAGCUGGUAAGAACCAAGGUACUGAAAUUAAAAAUUACGACUUGUCAAGUCUGUCAAUGGAUACUUUGUGUUCUCGUGAUAACCAUUGUGGCCCGUACUUGGCGUCGCUGUGCCGGGAUUACUACGGGUGUUUACCACACAAGAAUUCGGAAACAUAUCUGUCAUGGGCCGUAUACCUUCCAUGGACAUUUUGGGACUUCCUUAAAAAUCUGUACGAUGCGUUCUGUUCCAUCGCUUGUGUAGAUUGGGGAUGCCGUGGUUGCUUAAAAGGCGAUAAGUGCAGGAAAGGAUCACACGGGUCUGUCAACGACGUUACGAAGAAAUGUAAUUGUCAGUGUCCAUCCAUUGUGGAAUGCAAAGGUGUAGCCUCGACAUUGUACAAAUAUGGUUUCGUCUUUGGUGAAGCCUCAACGCUUAAUAACAAGGAUGCGCCCAAGAAGUGCUCUGAUUUCUGUAGUCAGUUGGAGAAUGUUAUAAAAUCGAAAUAUUUCAAGAAAUUGUUUGAGGAGUGCGACAACUUCCUAUAUUAUAUCCGUUUCCCCUUCAUGACCCUAACACUAGCCCUCUGGCUCCUCUCUUUGCUGUACCUCAUCCACAUCAUGGUCAUCCGCCUCGACCUGCUCCACAUCAAAUCGCAUUUGCACAGUCCGUCAAGUCAUAGAAUUGCUGCUCAAUCACUACUUGCUGCGGGACGUGUUAACAAGCUUAACAGAGUGUUUUAUCUGCAGCCUUAA